ACCACGUGGAAGCGACCCUCCAACACAUUGGCUUUAUCGCAUCAACGCAUCUUCAAUCAAGGCUUUAAGCUGAAUCCGUUAUCUUCGGCCGAGUCUUUUUGCUAGAAGCUUAUCUUAGUCUGCUUAUCACGUUUCAUCGUAACCAACCUUGAUUGGAUCAAGGCGCAGAUUUACAGGGGUAAUGGCCAAGCUAAACUUGUUACUGCCACCGGCGAGAGCCGUCAGAUCCGUUGUUGUUAACGGUUUGGGGGUGAUGUUGGACUUGGGAUGACGAUCCGGCAGCUGAGUUCCGAUCAGAUGGGGAGUUCCGCGAUGAUAAUGAAGGGAUUAUAUAUACUAAGGUUGCAUUUGUAUCAAGACGAUAUGGCAGGUGUAGAUUCUUUGCCGUCCAAGUCUCUCAUUGCCGACUCGCUAGGUAACCUUGGUUCAUCAUGAAGUCAAUCGCUGCCCCCAGCCUCCUGGCUGCUCUUCUCACUACACCCGCUCUCUCAAAGCCAGUCGUCGAUGAGAAGUAUCCCUACAAGGGCCCUGCAGUUCCUGUCGGCGAUUGGGUCGAUCCCACCGUCAACGGCAAUGGAAAAGGAUUCCCUCGUCUCGUUGAACCUCCGGCCGUGAAGCCUGGCUCUUCAAACCCCAGCAACAACGUCAACGUUAUUUCGCUGUCGUAUAGUCCUGGCGGUAUCAACAUUCACUACCAGACUCCCUUCGGGCUUGGUGCUGCGCCUGCGGUUCAUUGGGGAACGAGUGCGUCUGAGUUGAAGAAUAAGGCUACUGGUUCGACUACCACCUACGACCGCACUCCUCCUUGUUCCGCCGUCAAGGCUGUUACGCAGUGCAAUCAGUUCUUCCACGAUGUUCAGAUCAGCGACCUCAAGCCUGGCAAGACUUACUAUUACCAGAUUCCUGCUGCUAACGGAACUACCAAGUCUGAUGUCCUCAGCUUCACCACUGCUCGUGAAGCAGGUGACAAGUCAGAGUUCACCAUCGCAGUUCUCAACGAUAUGGGAUACACUAACGCAGCUGGUACUUACAAGUAUCUCAACAAGGCUGUUUCUGAUGGCGCUGCUUUUGCCUGGCACGGUGGUGACCUGAGCUAUGCUGAUGAUUGGUUCUCGGGCAUUCUGCCUUGCGAGGAUGACUGGCCUGUUUGUUACAACGGAACUUCAACCAGUCUUCCCGGCGGUGGCCCUAUUCCUGAUGACUACAAGACUCCUCUUCCCAAGGGCGAGGUCGCUAACCAGGGCAGUCCCCGUGGUGGUGACAUGAGCGUUCUGUACGAGUCAAACUGGGAUCUCUGGCAGCAGUGGCUCAACAGUAUCACCCUCAAGAUUCCCUACAUGGUUGUCCCCGGUAACCACGAAGCCACCUGCGCCGAAUUCGACGGCGGCAACAACACUCUAUCUGCCUAUCUCGACAACGACAAGAGCAACGGAACACAGCCCAACACCACGCUCAACUACUACUCCUGCCCUCCCUCGCAGCGCAACUUCACAGCUUUCCAGAACCGCUUCCACAUGGCUGGCGACAAGUCCGGCGGUGUUGGCAACUUCUGGUACUCGUUCGACUACGGUCUAGCUCACUUUGUGUCCAUCAACACAGAGACCGAUUACGCCAACAGCCCUGAGAAGCCGUUUGCUGCGGAUCUCAAGGGUGAUGAGACGCAUCCCAAGGCGAAUGAGACUUAUGUCACUGAUUCUGGUCCCUUUGGCGCUGUGCAUGGUUCUUAUAAUGAUACCAAGAACUACGAGCAGUAUCAGUGGUUGGCUAAGGAUCUUGAGAGCGUUGAUCGAUGCAAGACCCCUUGGGUAAUCGUCAUGGGUCAUCGUCCUAUGUACAGCUCCGAGGUGGCUAAGUACCAGGUUAACAUCCGUGCUGCUUUUGAGGAUCUGAUGUUGAAGAACAAUGUCGAUGUCUACAUUGCCGGUCACAUCCACUGGUAUGAGCGUCUUCAGCCCAUGGGCCACAACGGCACCAUCGACUCUGGCUCCAUCAUCAACAACAACACCUACAAGACCAACCCCGGAAAGUCCAUGGUUCAUCUCGUCAACGGAGCUGCCGGUAACCUUGAGAGCCACAGCGUUCUUGAUGGCGAGCCUCGUCUCAACAUGACCAUGUUCCUUGACCAGACACACUUUGGUUUCGCCAAGUUGACUGUUCAUAACGAAACUGCUCUUUCUUGGAACUUUGUCCACGGUGACGGUGGUGUUAUUGGCGAUGAGCUUACUGUCUUGAAGGAGAGUGCUUCGAAGUGCACUGCUUCUGGCUCUGGAAACUCUUCUUCGUCUGGAGGCGCCAGCGGUACCAAGGCCCCGGUUGCUACUCCUACCAGCGCUGGUACCAAGACAUUUGUCUCUGGCGUUCUUGGCCUCCUUGUUCUCGCUCUGGCUUUGUAGAGGACAGAUAUAGAUGGUACCUUUGUUGUUAGGCAUUCUUCCCUGAGAGGACUUGUGAUACAUAAUCAGAUAAUUGAGUCGAUUUCUACUCUCAAUUGGGUCAGCCAUAUGGCCUCGGACUUUGUGCUACGUGAAGUAAUAUCUUGUCCGAGUCCCGGAUUGAUAAGAAGAGAACGAUUGAUAAGAAGAGAAUGAACGAUAAGAAGCAGCACCACUUUGGUCUCGCGCAUGCAUUGUAGCAUUCAUACGAACCCAGACAUCCGUUUCACUGACAUGUUAGCCUAUGCUUUCUUUU